CCAACAUUGAUCCUCUCCAGAUCUUAGUCACAUCCUGAUCUUCUCCCUCACUAACCUCUCAACUCAUGUUUCUUUUUCUCCUCCUCCUCUCUACUUCCCGCUCCGGCGAAUCUUCGCCGCCGGGAGACGCCACCGGUGAGCUUAACAGAAAAAGUUUUCCAGAGGGGUUCGUGUUCGGAACCGCCACGUCAGCAUAUCAGGUCGAAGGAGAGACGUACCAAGACGGUCGUGGUCCAAGCAUAUGGGAUGCCUUUGUCAAGCUUCCUGGCAAGAUUGCAAACAAUGCCACGGCUGAGUUGACAGUGGACCAGUAUCACCGUUACAAGGAAGAUGUAGAUUUGAUGAUGUCACUGAACUUCGAUGCCUACAGAUUCUCCAUCUCGUGGUCCAGAAUAUUCCCUGAUGGAACCGGUAAGGUCAACUGGAAUGGAGUUGCUUAUUAUACCAGACUGAUUGAUUAUUUGGUCCAAAAAGGGAUUACACCGUAUGCGAAUCUAUACCACUAUGAUCUUCCUCUGGCUUUGGAGCAGAAGUAUAAAGGCUUGCUUGGUAGACAAGUUGUGGAGGAUUUUGCGGAUUACGCAGAGUUUUGUUUCAAGACAUUUGGAGAUAGAGUGAAGAACUGGAUGACAUUCAACGAGCCACGAGUAGUAGCUGCUUUAGGUUAUGAUAACGGUAUUUUCGCACCAGCUAGAUGCUCUAAAGCCUUUGGAAACUGCACCGAAGGAGACUCUGCCACUGAACCUUACCUCGUUGCACAUCACCUUAUCUUGGCACAUGCAUCAGCCGUCCAAAGAUACCGCCAACAUUACCAGGAGAAACAAAAGGGAAGGAUUGGUAUUCUUCUUGAUUUCGUUUGGUUCGAGCCACUUACCAGUAGUGAAGCAGACAAUGACGCUGCUCAGAGAUCAAGAGACUUCCAUCUCGGAUGGUUCAUUCACCCUAUAGUAUAUGGAGAGUACCCGAAGACAAUGCAGGACAUAGUGAAAGAGAGGCUUCCAAAAUUCACCGAGGAGGAAGUGAAAUUGGUGAAAGGUUCCAUAGAUUUUGUGGGAAUAAACCAAUACACGACUUAUUACAUGUCCGCUCCACAUCUCACAACCGAACCUAAGGAUAUGGGUUAUCAACAAGAUUGGAACGUCGUUUUUAACUUUGCAAAGGAUGGGAAACCAAUUGGUCCAAGAGCACAUUCGGGAUGGUUAUACAACGUACCAUGGGGACUGUACAAGGCCAUGAUGUACGUUAAGGAACAUUAUGGCAACCCUACUAUGAUUCUCUCUGAAAAUGGUAUGGAUGAUGCGGGCGACAUUACGCAAGCUCAAGGAGUUAAUGACACAACAAGAAUCACGUAUUAUAGAGACUACUUAACUCAGCUUAAAAAGGCUGUAGACGAUGGAGCCAAUGUAACUGGAUAUUUUGCGUGGUCAUUGCUUGAUAAUUUCGAAUGGUUAUCUGGAUAUACUUCAAGGUUUGGGAUUGUGUACGUUGAUUACAAGGACUUGAAGCGAUACCCCAAGAUGUCUGCUUUAUGGUUUAGACGUUUUUUGAAACGGGACCAGUUAUGA